AUGGCCUCCUCCUUUGGUUCCUCCUCCUCCUCUUUUCACGAACCGUUCGAAAAAGCGUACGAUGCGCUCCUCGAGCUCGCCUCGAAAAACGCGAGGAAGCAUUCGAGUUUAAUCGAAUCUCUGAAUGCGAGAACGGAAAGGUUGAAGAAUGUUUCUGAUGAUGAUUUGCACGACGACAACGACAAGUUCUACGAAAAACGAACGGAAGAUUUAGAAUACUUUCUGGAACCGAUCGAAAUCGCGUUCAAGUCGAAACACGCGAGCAUGGAGGAGAGAGCGGUGAUUUGUCUCACGUCGUUAAUUGGCGGGAGGAUGAUUACCGGGAGAUGCUUCGAAGAAGAAGAAGACAAAGAAGGCAAAGAAGAAAACGAGGAGGAUUCGAAAGAUAAUUUGGAGAAAGAGGACAAAGAGAAGAGAAGAGUGGGAGGAGAGAAGACAGAACAAACCAGGCGCGAACGUUUGUGCGCGAAAGUCGUCGACUUGCUCUGCUUCGCGUGCGGCGAAUCGGGCGACGAGUCGGUGGAGCUGCAAGCGCUUUUAGGAGUGUUGGCGUGUUACAUGUCGAGAUCUUUUCGAGUGAGUGGAAAGAUGUUGAGUCGAAUGAUCGAGUCGGUGUGUAAGUGUCACGCGAUCUCGAGAUCGGAAACCAAUCGAGGGGUGGCGAAAGCGGCGUUGGUGCAGAUGAUUUUCGCGAACUUUACGAGAGUGGAAAAAGGCGACUCGAGUGCGUUUUCGAAAAUGGUUAAAGUUUCGGACGUUUUAGGUGGUGGUGGUGGUGGUGGUGGUGGUGGUGGCAGGAAUGAUGCUACAAAGGAUGACACGAAAGACGACGUGAAAGACUCCACGAAUUUACCGUCCACGUCGUACGAAACGCACGUAAUGCGGGAAAAUUCCUCCGUGCCGACGAUUAGUAACUAUACUAGCGGACAACAUCAUCACUGGUCGGACGAAAUCGUGACCUUUGCGCAAAAGUUUAUUGCAAAAGCCGCGUCGUGUGGGAAAACGCCGCAAGCGUAUGCCCCGCACUCAUCUGAAGAGAAGAAAGCGAAAGCGGAAAACGAUCGAUACAUUCUCGAAGAUUGCGCAGAAAUUUUUCGCGCGCUUUCUCGGAUCGCCAAAGGUGCGGGUUUGAAGACGGCAAACGCCGACGCGGCGAGUAUUUCUCGCGGGAAAUUGCUAGCUUUAGAUGCGUUGCGCAUUGCCUGUCAAAAUGUCGGCAACGCUUUCGUCGAUGAUCCCAUCUUUUCUGAUACCAUACGCGAGUACGUCUUGGACGCGGUCGUUUCAAAUGCCAUCUCCGAAACGGUCCAAGCGCCCGAGCUUUGUAAAAUUUCGCUCGGCAUCUUCCAAAGCAUUUUAUGCACGCAAAGAUUUCGAGAAAAGUUAAAAUCGGAAAUCGGCUUCUUCUUCCCUCGAUUGUUUCUAGAUCCGUUAGAGUUCAUCUCUGGAGGUGCACCGAAUUCACCGCAUAGCAAACGGUCCGUCUUGUUGACUAUUUUGAGCGACACCGUCGCGCAAGACGCGCAAACGUUGGUUGAUUUGUUUGUCAAUUUUGAUUGCGAUAUUUCACAGCAAAACGCGUUCGAACGGUUGAUUAACUUAUUGGUUCGAGUCGCACAAGGCGUAGAAGUUUCCAAUUUAUCCGGCGCGGAUGCGGCGAGAGAAACGGUGUUGAAAAUGGAAGCACUCGGGUGUUUGACGAAAAUUUUGAAAGCGCUUGGCGAUUGGGUGGAACAGAACUCGUCGUCGGGGAAUAAAGAAGAACAGCGAGUCGCGCACGAAAUGAAAUCAAAUGUAACGAAGCACGUAGAAGAUACGGAGUCGAUGAUGAUUACGCCGACGAAAGUGGACGCAUCGAACUUGGUGCAAAAGAAACUCGACAAAUCCGAGUUUCAAGAAUGCGUGAAAUUGUUCAACAAAAAACCGAAAAAGGGUAUCGCGCACUUAAAAGCGAUUGGUAAACUCGGCGAAGGCACGCCCGCAGAUAUAGCGACAUUCCUAAGAACAGCACCAAAUUUAGAUAAAACUGUCGUCGGCGACUACCUCGGCGAGCGCGAAGACGAGAGUUUAAAAGUUAUGAGAGCGUACGUGGACGCGAUGGAUUUUAGCGGCUUCGGUUUAGACGAGGCCAUUCGAAAGUUCUUGGAAGGCUUUCGUUUACCCGGCGAGUCGCAGAAAAUCGAUCGGUUGAUGGAGAAGUUCGCGGAACGGUAUCACGCGCAGAACCCAUCGCAGUAUAGAAGUGCAGAUACGGUGUACGUUUUAGCCUUUUCCGUGAUCAUGUUGAACACGGAUGCGCACAAUCCAGGAGUAAAGAAUAAAAUGACAAAAGAAGGCUUCUUGAAGAACAAUCGCGGCAUCGACGAUGGCCAAGACUUGGACCAGGAAGAGCUCGGAGCUUUGUACGAUCGCAUCGUGAACAACGAAAUCAAACUCAAAGACGAAAACGCGAAGAAAGCGAGCAAUAGCGAAUCGUCCUCGAACUUGAACAACUUCCUUGGCAUGGAUAUUUUGCUUUCGCUCGUCGGGCAAAAACCAGCAAUCGCGGAGGAGAAAAUUGAUGUCCGAGAACUCAUCGAGGAAGUUCGCGCCAAAGCAAAACGUGAAGACGUGGAUAAUUUUCUAUCUGCAUCGGACGCUAAAUGCGCGGCACCGAUGCUUGACGUCUCGUGGCAAGCGCUUUUGGCGGUUUUUUCGGUUACGUUUGAAGGCACCGAAUCGGCGAAAAUCGCGGCGUUGUGUCUCGAUGGGUUUUUUAGCUCGAUUCACAUGGCAUGUAAUUUAGGCAUGCUUGCCGCUCGAGACGCGUUCGUUGCACCCUUGGCGCGCUUGUGCGGCUUACGUAAUCCGUCCACUAUGCGGACGAAGAACAUUUUAGCUUUGAAGACGUUGGUGCGCGUUGGCGAAACCUUUGGCGAUAGUUUAGGAGAUACGUGUUGGGUGCACGUGUUAAAGUGUUGCUCUCGAUACGAACAUUUGCACGCUUUGGCGGGUGGAUUUGACGACUCUUCCGUGUUUUUGAAUACCAAGGACGAAAUUAUAGUUCCUUCUGGUUUAGGAGGUCAUACGCCGAACCGCUUGUUCCGUCGCGAUUCCUCCGCAGAGAUUAUUUUGACCUCACCUUCAACAACAACAGUGCGCGCGACUGGUACUGAUGCUUCGAGCGGUGACGACGCACUCGCGGCAGCAGCUGUUGCCGAACAACUCGCGCGAAAAGCCUCCAUGCACGACGCAAAAAUCUCGCUGGUGCCGUUAGAAUCCGUCGCUCCUCCGUCGCAGCACGUGCUCGAACAGUUACAUCCAGAUAGUUUUAACGGGUUGUUCCACGACUCGAAAAGAUUGUCGGGUGAAGCUAUCGUUGAUUUUAUGCGCGCUUUGUGCAGAUUAGCGACCGAAGAAAUGAGCGCCGAACGACCGCGUUCUUGCGCUUUAUCGAAACUAGUCGAGACGUGCGCAUUUAACGUCGAGCGCGAGCGAUACGUCUGGGCCAAAGCGUGGAUCGUCUUGAGCGACUUUUUCGUCAAAGUUGGAAGCGAACAUAGAAACGUGAAAGUGUCCAUGUUUGUCGUGGACGCUUUACGUCAACUCUCCAUGAAGUUCUUGCAGCGCGCGGAACUCGCGAAUUAUUCGUUCCAGAACGAUUUCCUUCGGCCGUUUGUCGUCAUCAUGCAACAAUCGCCGUCGUUUGAAGUGAGAGAACUGAUCGUUUCUUGUGUCGCCCAAAUGGUUGAAUCUGCCGUGGAUGGGAUAAAAUCCGGUUGGAAAUCCGUGUUUAUGGUAUAUUCAGUCGCCGCGGCGGAUGAGAACCCAAAAGUUGUGUCCACAGCGUUUUCCACUAUCGAACGAAUCAUUCGCCAUAACUUUUCCAAGAUUAUCGAAACCGACCAAGCAGCGUUUACGGAUUGCGUGAAUUGCUUAGUCGCGUUUACGAACUCGUACGACGCGCCAGAGGUAAGUUUGAACGCAUUGGCGUUCCUUCGAUAUUGCGCGUUGCAGUUAGCAGAUGGAGCGCUGGGUGAUUUGAGUUUGCCGAAAGUUAAAGCGUCGACAUCAGGAGGAGGAAACGAGGACUCUCGAGACGACGACGAAGAAAGUUUCCAGCAACAACAUCAAGAACCAUCCACGCCUCGCGAGAAAGGUCCGACGCAUUUUACAGACACGGAAUCACACACUUAUUUCUGGUUCCCGCUCUUAGCCGGUCUCUCUGAACUGGCGUUUGAUUUCAGAGAAGACAUACGAACGAGUUCGUUGGAAGUGUUAUUCGAUACGCUCAAGUUUCACGGGUCGUCGUUUGAACCUGGAUUUUGGGCGCGCGUGUACGACGCCAUUCUAUUCCCGAUGUUUGACGUCGUUCGUGCGACAGAGUUUGACAGCUCCGAGGCUUCGGAAAAGCAAAAGAACGAGUGGUUAUACGGUGCCUGCGAUAGAUGCCUGACGCUCGUCGUCGAUUUAGCCACCACGGAAAGUUUCUUUGGCAACAUCAUCGACGCCGGCGUUUGGCCUAAACUCUGCGAUUUGUUGGACAACAUUAGUGGAACCUUUGCGCACGAACAGUUAGCUUCGUGCGGCGCGCUCGCGUUCCGGCGCUUGUUAGAAGGAUUAGGGAAGAAUACCACCAAAACCAGAUUGAACACAAACGAGUGGUCUUUAGCGGUUGACAAACUCUGUAACGUCUUCGAUUUGAAGCAUCCGUCAGUUCUCCUGGUAGGUUGCGUCGGCGAGUGUUUGCACAAAUCGAGGAAGUCGAUGCCAACCGAAUGUAAAAAGAUGUUGUUCGAGAGAAUGCAAGUUAUUCACGAAGAAGAAAAGUUCGAAAUGAGUCUUCGCGUAAACGCCGGUUCCGUUUUAGUCGCCUUUUGCGACCAAGACGAGGAAGACAUUCGCUUCCUCCAACGCGCGAUGGUAUUCGCGCUACACGAAUACGAGAGGUGUGCUUCUUGCGUGGGCUCAGAAACUGCGCGGAAAGAAACCAGUACGCGCGCGCCGUUAGCGGUGCAGUGUUUAAAACAGCUCGUAAAAAUCGACGGCGCGUUUGAAAAGAAGAAGUUCGUCGACAUCCUUUCGCGUCUCGUCGGCACGAACGAACAACCGAACGAGGUCUUAUCGGCUUUAGGCGAAGUGUUUGGAGUAAAAGUCGCCCCAUUGAUGAUAGGUACGGGAGAAGGCGACGGCGAAUCAUCAUUUUCCGCGUGGUCUUGGUUUUAA